CUUCUUUUCUCUCCUUUUCCUCACUCCUCCCCCUCUUCCUCUUCUUACACUUUCCUUUUCCUUUGUGUUUAUCCCUUUCUUGUUCUAUAUUUCUGUUUUUUUGAUACCCUGUGGGCUGUCUGUUUGUGUGCAGUCAGCUCAUUCAAUCCAAGGACCUUCUGAAAAGGAGGUGCUGGUCUUGUCUUGUACGAGGCUUUUUUCUUUUUGAACAAACCAAUACAUUAGAAAAGAAGAGUUGCACAGUCCAUCAUGGAUCAACAACGCUUUUUGCAGCAGCUUCAGAUUGUCCUGAACCCCGCCCAGGGUAACGUCAAGGAAGCGACGGGCGUUCUUCAGCGCGAGUUCUACAAGAGCCCUGAAUCUCUCGUUCUCCUCAUCCAGAUCGCCACCGGCCAUGAGGACCCGAACCUGAGGCAGCUGGCGGCCGUCGAAAGUCGGACGCUGGUUGUCAAGCACUGGGUUUCCGUUCAGGCGAACCAGAAGCCCCAGAUCCGUGAACAACUUCUGCGUGCUGCUGUUGGCGAGAGCUCCUCUCUCGUCCGCCACUCGGUUGCUCGUGUCAUCUCUGCCAUUGCUAAGAUCGAUCUGAACGAUGGCGAGUGGGCUGAUCUGCCCAACUUCUUGCUUCAGGCCGCUAGCACCGGUAACAAGGAGGAGCGUGCCGUGAGCAUCUACAUCCUGCUCACUAUCCUGGAGACUCUAGGCGAUGGCUUUGAGGAGAAGUUUGAUGAACUGUUCCAGCUUUUCAGCAAGACCAUCAGUGAUCCCGAGAGCGAGGAGGUGCGCAUGAACACCCUCAUGGCCUUGAGCAAGCUGGCCAUGUACCUCGACUCCGAGGAGAACGUCGCUCCUGUGAAGGCGUUCCAGAACCUGAUCCCCUCUAUGGUUGCCGUUCUUAAGGAUGUUAUCACCCGUGAGCAGGAUGAUGGCAUCAUGCAGGGUUUCGAGGUCUUCCAGACUCUUCUGGGCUGUGACCCCGCUCUGUUGACCGUCCACCUCAAGGAUCUUGUUAUCUUCAUGAAUGAGCUGGCCGGAAACGUGGAGCAGGAGGAGGAUGUCCGUACCCAGGCCAUCAGUUUCCUCAUGCAGUGCGUUCAGUACCGCAAGCUCAAGAUCCAGGGCAUGCGCAUUGGUGAGCAGUUGACCCGCACGGCGCUGCAGGUUGUCACUGAGCUCGGAGAUGCUUCCCCUGCCGAUGAUGACAUUACCCCUGCCCGCUCUGCUCUUGGUCUCCUUGACAUUCUUGCACAGAGCUUGCCUCCUAGCCAGGUCGUUGUGCCCCUGCUCCAGACUCUGGGACAGUACUUCAACAAUGGCAAUGCCGACUACCGCCGUGCUGGUAUCAUGGCUCUGGGAAUGUGUGUCGAGGGUGCUCCCGACUUCAUCAGCACUCAGAUGCAGGAGAUCUUCCCCAUGGUUCUGCAGCUGCUUGCUGACCCCGAGCCCAAGGUCCGUCAGGCUUCCCUGCACGCCGUGGCUCGCUUGGCCGACGACUUGGCCGAGGACCUCAGCCAGGAGCACGAGAGACUCAUGCCCCUGCUCUUCAAGAACCUGGCCAGCGCUAUGCAGGAAUACAAGGGUGAGGAGGACGGUCCUACCGUCGACAUCAUGAAGGCCGGUAUCAGUGCGAUUGACGCUGUUGUCGACGGUCUCGAUGAGAAGGACGUUGCCCCUUACCAGGGUGAACUGGUUCCCAUCCUGCACAACCUGUUCAAGCACCCCGACUUCCGUAUCAAGGGCUUGGCUGCUGGAGCCCUGGGUUCCCUCGCCUCUUCUGCUGGCGACUCUUUCCUUCCCUUCUUCGACGACUCUAUGCAUCUCCUGCAGGAGUUUGCUACCGUCAAGGAUAGCGAGGAAGAGCUCGACCUUCGUGCCAGUGUCACUGACGCCAUGGGUGAGAUGGCCGCUGCUGCCGGCCCCGAGCGCUACCAGCCUUACGUUGAGCCUCUCAUGCGCGCUACUGAGGAGGCUCUCCACCUUGGUCACUCCCGCCUCAAGGAGAGCACCUACAUCUUCUGGGGUGCCAUGUCCAAGGUCUACGUGGAGCACUUCUCUCCCUUCCUUGAUGGCGUUGUCAAGGGUCUUUUCGCUUGCAUCGAGCAGGAUGAGACUGAUCUCGAUGUCUCCCUGGGCGCUGCCGCCAAGGAUCUCAUCGGCCAGGAAGUGACCAUCGGUGGCCGCAAGGUCCGUGUUGCCGAUGCGGAUGACGAUGAUGAUGAGCCUACCGGUGAGGAUGGUGAUAUCGAGGAUCUUGAUGUUGACGAUGAGGAUGGAUGGGAUGACAUCACUGCCACCACCCCUCUGUCCUUGGAGAAGGAAAUCGCCGUCGAGGUGAUCGGUGACCUUGUCACUCACACCAAGUCUGCUUACCUUCCCUACUUUGAGAAGACCAUUGAGAUGGUCCUUCCCUUGGCUGAACACCCCUACGAGGGCGUGCGCAAGAGCACCAUCAGCACCCUGCACCGCUCCUACGCCAUGCUGUACUGCAUUGCUGAGGAGAGCGGCCAGAUGGCCAAGUGGCAGCCUGGUCUGCCCCUCCAGGUCCAGCCCGCCAAGGAGGUCCAGAAGUUUGGUGAAAUUCUCAUGACCGCCACUGUUAAGAUGUGGACUGAGGAAGAUGAUCGUGCUACCGUCGCCGACAUCAACCGCAACAUGGCUGAGAACCUGCGUUACUGCGGUCCUUCCUUGAUCUCCAACGAGACCACCCUGCACAACGUGAUCACCAUGAUCACUGACAUCAUUACCAAGAAGCACCCUUGCCAGCUCGAGUUCGGCCCUGAAGAGGAGACCCUCGAAGCCGGUGAGGAGACUUCUGAGUUCGACUGGGUUGUCGUUGACACUGGUCUCGAUGUUGUCUCUGGUAUGGCUGCUGCUCUUGGCGCCAGCUUUGCCGAGCUGUGGAAGGUCUUCGAAAAGACUGUCAUGCGCUAUGCUGGCAGCACCGAGGCUCUUGAGCGCGCCACCGCUGUCGGUGUCAUUGCUGAGUGCAUCAACGGUAUGGGUUCCGCUGUCACCCCGUACACCGCUAGCUUCCUGAAGCUCCUUGUCCACCGCCUUGGUGAUGAGGAUACUCAGACUCGCUCCAAUGCUGCCUACGCCGUUGGCCGUCUCGUUGAGCACUCCGAAGCCAAGGACCAGAUUGUCAAGGAGUUCCCCACCAUUCUCUCUCGUCUGGAGCAGUGCCUUCACAUGAAUGUCUCCCGUCUUCAGGACAAUGCUACCGGUUGCCUGAGCCGCAUGAUCCUCCGCCACCGCGAGAACGUUCCCAUUAAGGAUGUCCUUCCCGUCCUUCUCACUAUCCUUCCCCUCAAGAACGACUACGAGGAGAACGACCCCUUGUACCACAUGAUCUGCCAGCUUUACAAGUGGGAGGACCCCACUGUCCGUGAGCUCACUCCUCAGCUCGUUCCCAUCUUCCAGGCUGUUCUCAGCGACGAGGACCAGCUGGAGGAUGAGCGCCGGGCCGAGCUCAUUGAGCUUGUCAAGUGGCUGAACCAGAUGCAGCCUGGUGCUGCCCCAUGGGCUGACCAGCUGUAAGGCAAUGAAAAAAGGAUGGAUGACGACAGCUUGAUGACCAAAUACUACUUAAUGGAUAGAUCGGGUCUCUCUACGAGGACUCUUAUGGACGACGUUAGAAGAUACCCCUGGGGAGCCAAUGAGCGAUGAACCCACAACCUAUAGAAUAUGGCUGGACAUGCUAUGAAUUAUGAACAAAAGUGGUGUAUAUAUUUUAUGAGUCAAAUCGAAUUUCGAUUCGUAUGUUCA